AUGUCCGACAUGAUGUCCUCGCUGGAAGGAAGAGUGUCUCCUGCAGAGGGUUUCAAAGCGCUCAGAGAGCAUUUGCAGCAGCAGUUGAUCCUCGCCAUCCAAGAUGGCCGUCUUCAAUCCUUGCUCUCUGCGAAUAGCGACAGUGAAGAUAGCGAGGAAAGCAUCGAUGACGAUCACUUUGGGCCAAGCAUCUACGCUGUGAACGAGCAGUACAUCAAGCCAGUGACCGCGGAAGCUGGGAAGAUGAGUUGGGCCUUGAUGCGAAAUCCAAAGGGCUUGGACUGCCACGUCUUUGUCAGUCAUGCCUGGCAGGAAGGCAUCUUCGAGUUUCUCUCCAAAGUUCUUGCCUCGUGGCCCUCAGGUGCUCGGAAUGCUUGGUGUUGCAUGCUGGCAAACCCUCAGCACCUCAACAUCGGCUGCAUGCUCCAAUCACCCAAGUCCUCGCCGUUUGCCUUGGCGCUGCAAGCCUCCCGGGAUGUCUUGGUGGUGCCCAACCGACACCGCAGUGUUUACUGCCGGCUUUGGUGCGGCUACGAGGCCUUCGUGGCCUCGGAAGACCGCAAGGUCAUCCAAGUCGCUGCCCGUCCGGCGUGGCGCGACAGGCGCUGGACUUUGCUUCGGGCCAGCAGCGCCAUCGUGCUGGGCGUUUUCAUGAGUUGGCUCACCCAUACUCAAGGCUGGGAUCUGUUUCCUGAAGCCUUGAUUGCUGCUUCCCUGGCCGCCUUUGUCAGCGUCUACACCAGCGGCCGGGUGCGGCAAGCGGCCAACUAUUUGGGAUUACUGGCCACCACCUGCUUGGAAGUACGCUUCGCACCCAUCGAGAUGCGGUUCCGCGACCUUCCCCAAGGUGUCCGUGUCGCGGCGCACCAUGUGACGUGGCUCUCGGCCAUGGGAUUUUUCCUCGUCGCGGAGGUGGAUCGCGUGCGCAGCAUGCAGAUUGCCAGCGAGGGCCAACAACUUCGAAGGAAGUAUGAGGGCUCCAUUAGGCUGGCCGCUUGCUCUCAGCAGACAGAUUGGCGGAACAUUUGGGAGGAGAUCGGCCCAAAGGUCGAAGAAGUGGACAGGGCCAUCCAUGUCCUCAUCUCUGCGGGCGUCUCCUCCCCGGCACUCCGGCGAGCAGCUGCCUUGGGCGUGCCAAUCGAAGAUGCAGGCCAUGCUGAAUUGGCUGUGGCCACUUUGGUGUUGGGGCCCUUACUGUUGAUUAGCUCCUUGGACACUGUCCGGGCCUUUCAAGCGGCAACGCAUCAACGGGCACCCCUGGAGGAGGAGCUGCCGUGGCUUGCAUUGGUCUCUGCUGGCAUUGGCACCCUGGUGCGGCUCAUCUUCAUAGGGCUCUUGCUUUGCAGAGCCGCGGACGAGCGGAGCUAUAUGUUGAAGGUCCUCACGAAGCUGAUGCCCCUGGUCUUCAUCCCUUUGGCCGUCCUGGUUGGAAUCGCCAUGCAGUGGGAAAAUUGCUCCUCACAGAUGGCUUUGCAGAUGGCUUUCACGUCUUCUCACAUCAUGAUGGCCGUUGGCCUCAGCUUCGCCCUGAUUGGCAUCGAGGGCACGUUGGCACUGCCAGGUGGCCAAUGCUUGGUGCGGUAUUUCCUGGCGCGACAGACCUGCAAGAUCUGGGCGACGGAGAAUGAGAUCCUUGAGAGUGAGGAUGAACCUGAGAGAUGA